AUGGAGGAUGAGGAAAGACCAAGAAAAUACCCAAAAUUGAGCAAUGACGAGGGCCAGGAGGACUUGGAGCCUACAAUGACUGGAGCUGUGGAAUCCAUUCCCCACGAGGACGUCGCGCAGCCCACUACGCAGAACGAUGUCGCUACAGUAGCGCAUAAUGCCAAUGAUGAGUCCAAGGACGGACAGCAAGCCGUGAAUGAAAAUAAAGAUGAUGCGCCCAAAGUAUCAAAGAGACAAUUGAAAAGACUCCGUCGCAGAGAACAGUGGGAUGCCCAGAAGAACCAGCGCAAGGCCAUCCGAAAAGAAAAAACGGCCGCAAAGAAACAACGAAGACGCGAGGCAUUGAACGAAGCAAGACAGGAAGGUGGCCAAGAAGCAGUAGACCAGCUUCUCCAGACCUGGCUACCAAAUCGGCAGAAGUUCAAGCAAUCGACUUUGCUGCCGAUCACUCUCGUCGUUGACUGUGGCUACGAUGACUUGAUGCUUGAAAAGGAACGGAUUUCCCUUUCAUCACAGCUUACACGCUCUUACUCCGAUAAUAGGGGAGCGCCAUACCGUGCUCAUAUGGUGGUUUCCUCCUUUAAUAAAUUGCUCAAGGAGCGUUUCGACACAACUCUCGCAAAGUCAUAUAAUAAUUGGCAGGGUAUCCGUUUUAUGGAAGAGGACUUCGCACAUGCUGCAGAACAGGCCAAGGAAUGGAUGAAGGGGCCUAAGGGAGCCCCUGAAGACGGAGAAAUUGUGUACCUCAGCAGCGACAGCCCAAACACGCUGACAGAAUUAAAGCCAUACAGUACAUACAUCAUAGCAAUUUGCUACAAAACGGCAGUGGAAAAGGGAAUCAGGACUGCAAAAUUGCCUAUUGGGGAUUACAUUCAAAUGGCCUCGCGCCAAGUAUUGGCGACCAACCACGUUAUGGAGAUCAUGGUCCGAUGGUUGGAACUUGGAGAUUGGGGUGAAGCUUUCAUGAAAGUUAUUCCUCAGAGAAAGGGUGGUACACUGAAGAACUCUGGGCGAGGCUCUGAAGAUCCAUCACAGGAAGGCGAUGUUGCCGAUGAAAUCGCAGCCAUGUUUAUGAUCCGCAAUGUGAGCAAGUUCCUCUUCGGGGAUACUUCCAAGGAGUCUAUCAUCGAGAUCCCUCAGGGCGAGCUUUAUCUAGUCCGGCCUCUGUCACCCAAAGGGUACUCGGAACUUAUCUUCAAGGACGCGGCCGCGUCGAUUCGGCGUACCGGACAGGAGUAUCAAUAUCAACUUGUUAUCCAGAGAGCCUACGAGGAGGGUGAGGAAGAACUAAGCGCCGACGAAGACGAACAAGGUGGUGCCGAUAACCUCGACAAGGACGAGAAGAUCUUUCUUCUUGACGAAGCUUUGCACUUCCGUACUGAAAUCCGUGAAGGGGGUGCUAAGGUUCUGGCCUGGAGAGACCUGAGCGGUGAUAUCGGUGAUCUAUACGAAUUCGUUUGUGACCCGUCUGUGCCGUCGGAUAAGAUCCCUACUUUUGAGUUGGCUGCCUUCCAGUGCCAGUACGAGCGGAAAUACCGACAAAGCUCACAAAAGGCAACCGAGCAGGAUCUUCAACAGUUCUCGUAUCAAGAGGAGAAGCCCAUCCCCUCCGCGAGCCCCAUCGCAUCACCAACCAAGUCUCGUGCUCACUCGCUUACUUCUGGAGAUUCGGCCGCUGCGAUGGCUAAGGAUGUUGAAUAUCAGAAGUCCAAGGGACAGAUCAAGCCAGCUGAUAACGGAGAUGAGCCCACUGUAGCACCACCAUCGGCAGAGCAACCCGAAGCUAAGGAAGUUCUUGCCAAGGAAAAGGCUGAACUGCAUAUGUUCGACUUCCCAAGUGGAACGUUCGUUAUUCAAGACGCCGAUGUGACUGCCACUGUGUCUGAGAUCGGUAACUGGGAGUAUUGGCUUCAAAUCAGUGGUAGUGAGAAGGAAUGGCUAGGACAAGCGGUUGUCGCGGAUAUCAACCCAGUCUUUAACUUUGAAUAUCUUUCCUUUAUAUUUAACCACUACGCUGAGGAUGGCUCCGCAUACUCUUGGCUCCUACGAUUCAAGGACCAAGAAACUGAGGAACGCUUCCAGGAGGGUCUGAUGCAGGCGCUUUGGGAACAGCUAAACGAAAUGAAAUGGGUCAAGGUAAAAGAGGAUGACCGGGAGUACGUUUUGGAUGCGUUCCAAGACCUUACCAUGGAGGAUGCAGCCGACAACCAGGAAGAGGAAGAAGAGGAGGAAGAAGAUGAAGAAGAUCAGUAUGACGGUCAACGGAGCGAACAUUAUGACAGUGAUGAAGAGGAGGAUGAUGUGGUUACACACGACGAUGACGGUAACGUCAACUCACAACUUGCGGUGGGUUACAAGCAUGAUAGGUCGUUUGUAGUCCGUGGUUCCAAGAUCGGUGUCUUCAAACACACGGCAGACAACAACCUCGAGUUCUCCACCAACAUCUCUAAGGUGGAGACACCAAACGGCAAGCUGUUUAGCCCCAAGAAGGUUAUGUUGCAUGCCGAGGAUUCCAACAUGAUCCUUCAAAAUGGUGAUGACCCUAACUCUCUUUAUCGCAUGGACCUGGAAUAUGGUAAGAUUGUCGAUGAGUGGAAGGUUCAUGAUGAUAUUCCUGUCAGCACAUUUGCACCAGAAACCAAAUUCUCCCAAAUGACCAAUGCGCAAACCUUCGUCGGAGCAUCUCAGAAUGCGCUGUACCGGAUUGAUCCCCGUCUGGCGGGCAGCAAACUUGUCGAUGCAGAUUUGAAGCAGUAUGCCAGCAAGAACGACUUCUCGUCCGUAGCCACGACCGAAAAGGGAUACAUCGCAGUCGCUUCGAACAAGGGAGAUAUUCGCAUGUUCGACCGCCUGGGAAUCAACGCCAAGACUCAUAUUCCUGCACUGGGUGAACCUAUCAUUGGUCUAGAUGUGUCCGCCGAUGGCCGCUGGGUUCUGGCUACAUGCCGUACCUACCUUCUUCUCAUUGACUCGCUGCAGAAGGAAGGCAAGAACGAAGGCAAGCUUGGCUUCGAACGUUCAUUUGGCAAAGACUCUAAGCCUCAACCUCGUCGUCUUGGUCUCCAGCCAGCCCAUGUCGCACAGUUCCAGCACGAAACCAAGAAGCCUCUCGCGUUCACCCCAGCUCGUUUCAAUACUGGUGUUGACUCACAAGAGACGUCGAUUAUUACGGCAACAGGUCCUUUCAUCGUCACAUGGAGCAUGAAGAAGGUGCUUGCUGGACGCAAGGAUCCCUAUACGAUCAAGCGGUACUCUGAAGAGGUUAUGGCGGACAACUUCCGAUUUGGUUCUGACAAAAAUGUCAUUGUCGCUUUGCCGAACGAGGUCAACAUGGUUGCCAAAAGAGCUCUCCAAAAGCCCACUCGUGAAAGCAUUGCAGGCCCCCCGGUCACCCCAAGCCGUCGGAGCACUCGGUGGGGCAGCCGGUUGGGACGAGAUGAUAUCGUCAACUCGCCAUAUUAA